UUCCGGCGCUGUGAUUGGACAGAGCGCUGAGCUGUACAGAAAGAGCGGCGCGUGCUGUCAGCGGGCGGGAGGAGCGCUCGUCCCUGACCUGCACUGUGUGCACUACAUCUCCCAGCCUGACAGUGCGGCACUAUGGAGCAGGCCUGCACGGAACCCGCUAAAUCAAUCAAGCCGAUCGAUCGCAAGUCUGUCCAUCAGAUCUGCUCUGGCCAGGUUGUACUAAGCCUUGCAACUGCUGUUAAAGAGCUUGUGGAGAAUAGCAUCGAUGCUGGAGCUACAAGUAUCGAGAUAAAACUGAAGGAAUAUGGAGCAGAACUUAUAGAAGUCUCUGAUAAUGGCUGCGGCGUUGAAGAACAGAACUUUGAAGGUUUAACUUUGAAGCAUCACACAUCCAAAUUGCAGGAUUUUUCUGACCUGGUUAACGUGGAAACAUUUGGUUUUCGAGGGGAAGCUUUGAGUUCGUUAUGUGCAUUAAGUGAUUUGUCAAUUUUCACCUGCCAUAAAUCGGCUAAAGUGGGGACUCGAUUGGUCUUUGAUCAAAAUGGAAAGAUAAUCCAAAAAUCUCCACUUCCCCGACAGCAAGGAACAACAGUCGUCAUACAGCAGCUUUUCUAUACCUUGCCAGUGCGGCAUAAAGAAUUCCAAAGGAACACUAAAAAGGAGUUCUCAAAAAUGGUUCAGGUUCUACAAGCUUACUGUAUCAUUUCAACGGGUGUGCGUAUAAACUGCACCAACCAAGUGGCCCAAGGGAAGAGGACGCCUGUCGUCUGCUCAAGUGGGACUUCAAGUAGCGUGAAGGAAAAUAUUGGAGCUGUGUUUGGACAGAAACAGUUGCAGAACUUAAUUCCUUUUGUUCAGCUGCCUCCAAGUGAAAGUGUGUGUGAAGAGUAUGGACUGAAUCCAGCAGAUGCACAAGGUGGUUUCUAUAAUAUUACAGGAUACAUAUCUCGAUGUGACCAUGGUGUAGGAAGAAGUGCCACAGACAGGCAAUUUUACUUUAUCAACCAGAGGCCCUGUGACCCUGCAAAGGUUAUUAAGGUUGUGAAUGAAGUGUAUCAUACGUUCAACAGACAUCAGUAUCCAUUCGUUGUUCUCAAUAUUUGUGUAAAUUCAGAUUGUGUUGAUAUUAACGUCACGCCAGACAAGAGGCAGAUUUUACUCCAGGAAGAGAAACUUCUUCUGGCCAUCUUAAAGAUGUCUCUUACUGCAAUGUUUAGCAGCAGCGUGAAUAAGUUACACGUGAAUCAGCAGCUGACAGAUGUCACAGGAAAUCUUAGAAGAAUAAAUGCAGAAGAAGCAGGCUGUCCCAAGGCAGAACAGCCUUGUUUAUCAGACAGAGGUGCAUUCGCUGUCUCUAAACUCCGGGAGGCGUUCUCGAGCAGCCAGAGAUCUAUGGGCAGUCCAGCAAACACUGAGAAGGUGCAUGCACAGAGCUCCUCACCUGCUCAAAGAAAACUGCAGUCAUUUUUUAACAUCUCACCUAAAGUUCCAACCAGUAUUUCUAAUGCUACAUCAGAUGUCUGUGAUGUCAAGGAGCCUCAAGAAACAAAGCAAUCAGUCCAAGAAGUUACCCAGACUGAAAGUGACAGUGACUCUGGUAAAGGGACCAUCAGCACCUCAGACAGUGAGUUAGGCUUCAGCGCUCCUGACUCGUUCUGCCGCACUAGCAGUGACAGCAUGGCGUGCUCACUAGAGAAUCUUGUAGAAACCGAGGUAAAGUCUCCAACAGCUUGUGAUCCACCUUAUGUAGAAAAUAACAUCCUAUCCCAGGAUCAGGACAGAGAUGAUAUUCCCGCUCCAGAUUGCAAACGUUUAAAAAAGGAGAUAGGGGUGAAAAACGUACAACCUGAUUCGGUCGAUGCCCCAGUUAACAUUCUAAAGAGGACUGUGCCUUUAAACUUCUCAAUGUGCCGUCUGACCAAACAGAUGGAAAAGCUGAAAAGACAAAGACAGCGAAAUGAGGAAUCGGAAAUGUUUCGGAGAUUCAGGGCAAAGAUCAGUCCUGGAGAAAAUCAGGCAGCAGAAGCUGAGCUCAGGAAGGAGAUCAGCAAAGAAAUGUUUGCUAAGAUGGACAUUAUUGGGCAGUUCAAUCUGGGAUUCAUAAUCGCCAAACUAGAAUCCGAUCUCUUCAUCAUUGACCAACAUGCAACAGAUGAAAAGUAUAACUUUGAGAUGUUACAGCAGAACACUGUCCUGCAAGGGCAAAGACUUAUCAUGCCACAGAAACUGAAUUUAACUGUUGUGAAUGAGACUAUUCUGAUGGACAACAUAGAAAUAUUUAAGAAAAAUGGUUUUGAUUUUAUCUUUGAUGAAGACGCUCCUAUCUUGGAAAGAGUAAAGUUAGUUUCCUUACCAACUAGCAAAAAUUGGACCUUUGGCCAGCAAGACAUCGAGGAAUUAAUCUUUAUGCUUAGUGACUCUCCGGGUGUUAUGUGCAGACCAUCUCGGGUACAGCAGAUGUUUGCCUCAAGAGCGUGCAGGAAAUCUGUGAUGAUAGGAACGGCCUUAAACACUCAUGAAAUGAGAAAACUGGUGAUACACAUGGGAGAAAUUGAGCAGCCAUGGAACUGUCCCCAUGGGAGGCCGACAAUGAGGCACCUUGCUAGCCUGGAUAUGAUCGACUUUUGAGUAACAUACGCAGAGGAUGAAGAGGCACAAAAAGAAAAUUACUUAUAUUAGAGACUUUUAUGGUUCUCCAUUACAGCAGCAGCCACACCCAUAUGUUUUAUCUCAUAACAGACCGUAUUUUAUGAUUUACUUAUUAUUAAAAAAAAUAUAUAUAUUUUAUAAAGCCCAAGUUUCAGGUUUUAUUACUUGUUGAUAUUAAGAAAUAAAUAUUUUUUUUCUAUAAACCUUUGUGUAUGUCCUCAUUUAGUUGUGUAUUCUUUACUAGCUACGAUAGCUGAGCAUUACCAGUAUGAGGGAACAAACACACUACAUUCCUGUCGCUGUUAAUCAUAUCCGUCUGCACCCCGCCAAAAAGAGGAUUCUGACGUAUACUGUUGACAGUGAACCAUUCACUGCUAUGGCUGAAAGUAGUCGCCUAUUGACUCCUUUCAGAACGUAAGGGCCAUUUCAAGGGCUCAAGAGCAGCACUAGUCAUGAGUGUGCUUUAAAUAGUGGCUACAUCCCGAACUGAGUCACCAGGGGUGACUCCACUCAGCCAUAGAAGUGAAAGGGGUCCACUGAUCCCAAAAUGGCAUCCCGUUUUCGACAGGGUGCCAACCAAUUCAAAUAACAACGGCAGGAAGGUAAUGUGAACAUACCCUCAGACCAAUUUGGUAGCAGUAUAGGAAAAACUACAACUGUGGUGGAUGCUCAUAUUGUAGGACCCAGAUAUUCUUCUGCUGCCCUGUUCAAUUAUUAAAUAAGUCCUAAGGAAGAAUGAAUCUUUAGAGCAGUGUUUCCCAACCAAGGUGCCUCCAGAUGUUGCAAAACUACAACUCCCAACAUGCCUGGACAGCCUUUGGCAUUUUGCAGGGCCCUUUAACAUCUCAGGGCUUGCUGAUAACAUACAGGCACGUCUGUUACCAGGGUGGAAGACAUCAGUGACGUCACGAGCCCCAUCAGAGAGCAGUGCGGCAGAGUUCCAGGCUGCCGAAGCCACCACACUGUACUGUUUUAUUAGUAAGGGGGUGACAAGCCUUCUCAAAAUGUUUGAUUUAAAAAUAUCUAUGUAUAACGUGUACUGUUUUAGGUUUGGGCCUGCUGCAUAGGCUGUAUCAGGGCACGCUGGGCAUUGUAGUUAGUAACUGCUGCAUUUCCCACCCUAGGCUUAUACUCGAGUCAAUACAUUUUUUUUUUUUUUUUUUUUUUUUUUUUUUUUUUUU